UAUGUUUUUAGUUUUUGUAAGAUUUUUCUGCUAAUAAAUCAAAAUGGAAACAAAACAAAGAACUUUACUUUUAAAAUAUCUUCAUUCUGAUAAAGAGACAACAGAUUUACAAAAAGAGUUCAAAUCUCCGCAUUUUAUUUCGUUUUUCCUCAAUUUUAUUCAUAGCAAGUCACAUCAGUUGUUCGAAUUAAACAGUAAAGCGAACGUGAAAAGUCAAGAUGUUGAAAAAUUGGUGACAAAACCGUCGACAGCGAACCAAAGACAGGUGGAGAGAAUAAGCACUCCGAAGGCCUUGACUGCAUCUCCACAGACAUCUUAUAAUGAUGGUUUCCAGCAACAUAGAGAUCAUAUAAACCGCUCCGCUUAUUCAGGAAAAAAGAAAAAUCGAAAACCGUUGAACCGUAGCAGACAGGAAAACUCUAACGAUGGACAUAGAAAUUUAAAAAUUGAUCCCAAAACUCCAGUUUUUGGAGAUUAUUUAACUAAAACUACAAAACCUUCAGUUUUUAAUUGCACAGAACAAGUGAAAGAAGUGUCUCUGUUGAAAACAAGUAAAAGUUUUGACGUUUCGAACAGUGAAGACUUCCCAUCUCUAUCUUCUUCUGCCCCUCAGCCUAAAACAGAUGAGACAAAGAAAUCUAAACGAAGGAUUAAACCAACUCUUGUCUCUUCUUCCGUUUCCACGGAAAAAUGCAAACUUGUCUUCGAUUCUUUUUCCUCUCCAACUCUACCUAGUGGAAGUAAUGUUAAACUUCCGGACACAGCAAAACAGCUACAAGAGGAAAAAGAAAUUCUGCUGAAAACAAGAAUUUUUAACGCAGAAAAAUCAACCACUGUUAAAAUUGCAGCAAGCCUGGACAAACAACUUGAAUGCAUAAGCCCUAUACAAGCAGAUGCUACAACACCAAUACAACAACCACGCACAACUGUUACCAACUCAUUUAUUAAGGAAAUAAAAAGAUUUGCUUCACUUUUUGCACACCUCGUUGCUCAAUUCCUCGUUCCCAGUAUUGUGGAAGAGCUCCACCUUGUGGUGAUGCUGCUAACAUUAGACCCAUCACUGGAGGGCAGCGUGGAGGUUAAUAGAAAUCAACAGGAUGAUGAUCUAAGCCCCCUGCUCCGAACAACCAAUGAAGGUUUCAUUUUCGCGACAGAAGCGAUCCUCCAUCUCUCCCAUACUUUAAUAAUUGAAGUUUUUAACAAAGAAAUGUUGCAGUUGUUGCAUUCUGCCAUCCAGGCCAAGGAACAAUGCAAUGAUUUGUUGAUGAAACUAACUUCAAUGAUCAAGACACGAAGUACGGCAAAACUUUUUCACAAGGUAAAGUACAUUGGUUGGUUUCGCAAGUCAAGAACUUUUCAACUUAUGAACCUUUUAUAAGACUUUUCCUUGACAACCUCAUUCUUGCUGGCAACAAGAAGUUGCCACCAAAACGUGACACCCCCCACCCAAGUUUGGUGACUGGUGACCCUGAACGACUACGACUCCUGGAGUCAAGGGUCACGACCCCAACCCAACCCCGAAUGACAUCAUCGCAUGGUUGGCUAAGCGCGGAGCUUCAAUUUUUCAGAGAAUUCGUGAAAACCUCGGACAGCUUUUCCCUCAACCUUUACCUACUUCAUGGGAUAAAGGAACGUAUUGUUGCCAUGGAGACUAACAUGGAUACCAUGGAUCAUGAUCAUAAUAGAAAUCUUAUAAAGUAAUAUUCAAUCUAAGGAUUUUGGGAAAUUUUUAUGGAUUCGUCGUUUUCCUGCCGUUCUUAGAUUCAGUGGGCCCCCCAACCUCAUCCAUCUCCCAAGACUUCAUAACAUCUCGCAUCCACCAUUCAACCAACCACCAUCAUACAGUGAUGACCAUUCCAUGGGUUGUGCAAUACCUCUCCUAUGCUACACAGUCUGUACCUGGCAACACUGGGAUUUGGGAUGUUUUCCAUCAAGUUGCUAAAGUAUCAAGAUAUGGAUCUGGGAUUCCCCCUCGUUUGCGACUUUAUUUGGUAACAAUGGUUGGUUCAUUGUUUGAGGGGGGGAUGGUUAAUCUGUUCUAUGAUGUCAUAAUGCAACCCAUUGUUAAUCACAAUACGAGAAACCCUACGACCUCGCUUGACCUCAUCAGUGACAUCACAGACGAAAUGAUUAUGACAUCACACUGGAGAAUGAACGAAAUAUCAACGAUAUUAAAAACGCGAUUAAUUUCAAAACGAAGUUUUCCGAAGAAAAUAAAACCUUCAAGUGAAAAACUCCCGGAAAAAACAGACGUACAAUUCCAACUCGAGGAAUUUUUCUUCCGUAACCAGCCAUCAUCAUUGAAGCGUAUCGUAACGUUCGUUUCCGAGCGUUGUCACUCAAACUGCGUCAAGCACAUCUGUCAAUCAUUGUUACCUGAGUUUUGCGACAAAUCCGAUAAAAUUGCUAUAUUUGUUGCUGCAAAAGAAAUACACAAAGAUGAAGCCAAAACGCUUGCUCAAGAAUUAUAUGGAGAUUGUUUGUCUUCGAUUAAAAAUGAAGUUUCGGUUUUUGUUUCAACGAAUGUAAGAAGAAGUAUCUCAGCGUUGUUGCAUACGUCAACCCCAACGCAGGUUGUAGAUACAUCGUGUCUUAUAUCUGAACGUCAAGUCACCAACACUGCCCUCCAGUGGUUGAACGAGCGACUGUUUGAUCACUUGGUGGCCAAAAUUAAAUCGAGCCGAACAACAAAAACAAAGGAAAGCCAAGAUUUUGAAACUUUUAACUUUUCCUCGCUAAUCAGCCAUGCACGACAAGUUAUUUUAACCAACCAAUCAGAAACAGAUUCUGAUUGUCGACGUCACAAUGCACUUUAUGAGGUCACCAUUAUCUCACAAUCAAUCCCCUGUGAUGUCAUAAGUGACCUGCCCCAACAUAUUCGUAACGUUUUAUCUUUUCUAACCAAAGAACUUCUUUUACUUGGUAGUGAUGUCACAAUGGUUGAUGAUGUCAUCAACUUUGAUGACAUAAUAGCUUCAAUCAAUUUAGACAAUUGUGAUGUCAUCAAACUUCUAACUGCCUGAAUAUUUUUAAGAAAUUUUUUAGAAUUUUUAAACUUUUUGAAAAUUAAUUUGAUAUUUGUUGAUUUUUCUCAAA